AUGCCGAAUACACUGGACUCUUCGUACUACGAGACCUCGAUCUAUAAGAAGGGCAUUUUCGACGGCAAAGUUGUGUUUGUGACAGGUGGAGCAGGAACCAUUUGUCGGGUUCAGGUCGAGGCUCUGGUGCUGUUAGGAGCCAAUGCUGCUAUUCUAGGCCGUCGAACCGAGGCCACUGAGAAAGCGGCUGCAGAGAUUCAGCAGCUGCGACCAGGUGCUAAAGUGAUUGGGAUUGGCGGAGUGGAUGUUAGAGAUGUCAAGUCAUUGGCCAGUGCUGUUGAUACAACCGUCAAACAACUUGGCAAAAUCGAUUUCGUUAUAGCUGGAGCAGCAGGAAACUUCCUUUCUCAUGUCGGAGGCCUGUCAGCACGUGCUUUUAAAACGGUUAUUGACAUCGAUCUCCUUGGUUCAUACAAUACAGCCAAGGCCACCUUCGACCAGCUGCGUGCCAAUAAGGGCCAUAUCCUGUUUGUCUCGGCCACGCUCCAUUAUAUAGGUUUGCCAAUGCAAGCACAUGCUUCGGCGGCUAAAGCCGGAGUCGAUUCGUUAAUGAGAACCCUGGCUGUCGAAUUAGGACCUCUUGGGAUCCAAUCCAAUGCCAUUGCACCCGGUCCUAUUGCCGGCACCGAGGGCAUUGACAGACUGCUCCCUGAACAUCUCGCCAAACGAGCUGUCGAAUUAGUCCCUCUUCAGCGACUAGGAACCACCACGGAUAUCGCCAAUGCCACGGUGUUCCUUCUUUCACCAGCCGCUAGCUAUGUCACCGGCACCGUCACCGUGGUUGACGGAGCCUCGUGGCAGCUCGGCGAGCCCUCUACCUCUGAUCCUGAACUUUACCCAGGAGUCAUCAGUAAGCUCAACGAAGGAGACAACAAACUUUAA